GAUGGAAGGGAGGAGCGAGGCGGAGGAGAGCGGCUGAGGUGGCGGAGGCUCUGCGACCCCGCCAAGUGCCCCCUGCACUCACAUGAGCCCACACCCCUCAUCCAGCUGAUGCCGCCACCCCCCGCGACCGAGCUGCUCCAGCCAGCUCCCGCCACCGGAGCCCCGGGUGGGCCCGAGCCCUCCCCACCCGACUCACAGCCCCAGCAGCCCACAGCGCAUCAGCCCGCACAGCCACCUCAGCAGCCUCCCAUGCCCGCCCCCACCGCCUCCGCAGCGGCGGCGGCGCCACGGGACUCGUACGACGAAGUCGAUCCGUACGCUGUCGUACCUCGUCAACUGACGGACGCGCUGUCGGAAGCGCUGGCGGCGGCGCUGCGGUUGCAGCGCGCGAGAGACAGCGCGGCUUGGGAUCCGGACCCAGGGGAAGACUUUGCGGACGAUUACCAUGCAGAUGAGUUGGCAGCCCUUGCGGAGCGGCCGCCGGUCAUGAUCGGCUUUGCGCCGGAGGCGCUGGCGUUCAGUGUGUUUCAGGAGGAUUGGGAGCAGGAGAUCUUGUGGGAUGGGGCAACGGAGCGGGGCGCUGGAGGCGAGGUAGCGGCUGGUGGCCGUGCGGCGUCGCCGCUUCCGGCGAAACCCGCUGGAGUGGAAACGGAGGUGGACGCAGGAGGGCGGGUGGAGGCGGAGGAAGUGGAGGAGGAAGAGCCGAGCGGCCCGGAGGCUAUGGAGGUGGAUGGUUUGGCGGAGGGCAAGGGGAAAGCGGCAGGGGAACAUGGGAGGCGUUCUGUGCCUCCGCGCGCUAUCCCGGUGAACCAGCCGUUCACGUUGCGAGGCAUCUGGCGAGGGCGGCCCCAUGUCGCGCCUGCAGCGGAGCUGCUAGCGGGGCCGCGGGCACGGCCACUGAUGGAGAAGACGGCAGUAGCCGCCUCCGGGACAGCAACAACCUCAACGGGGGCGGCAGCGCCCGCCGCCGACGCCAAGGCGGCGCUCGGCGCCGCAGCAGCAGCCAUUGCCUCCGCCGCCGCGGCGGUAGCUGGCUCAGAUCCCCUGGCGGCAGCGGCGGCGGCGACCGCGGCGGCGGCUGCAGCCGCCACCGCCGCUACCGGGGGCGAUGACGGUGAUCCGCGGGUGCCGCUGGCGUUGCUUGGGGAGCCACAGGCGGCGCCGCUGCCGCCCGCCAUCGACCCCAGCGCCCCCGCACCGGAUCAGCGUCUCUUCGUGGACGGCACCCACCCCCAGAUGCUCCGACUUGACACCGCCUCCACCGCCGAUGCGACAGGCUUUGCCCGCAGCACCCUCAAGUACUACCACCCCGCGCUCGCGCUGUCUCAGGAUGACCCAUGGGUCGCUGCCGCGGUGGAAGCCGAACCCGGUGCUCCUCCGGCUCCCCUGGUGCACAACCUCAAUGACCCCGCGCUCAUCUACCGCGCCCAACAACCUCCCUCCAGCGAAAACGCACCCUCCACGGCUGCUGCUGCUGCCGCCGCCGCUGCUGCUACAGCUCAAUCGGAGCUGCUCCGACGCGCGGCAGCGCUCGUCGCUCCCCCUGUCGUACGACGGAAGAUCGUUCGCGGCCCCGUCAUGGAGGCCGCUCACAGCGAGUUGAUCGGGCAGCAGUUGGCGGCCUUCAACGUAUCGUUGGACAGCCUCUACACGCACCAGGCCAAGGCCCGCAUGGACCGCACGCUCAAGUCACUAGCCAAGCACGGCCACCCCGCCAUGAUCCUCACCACGCUGCCGGCGCGGCUGACCAGGGAUGAGCUGGCGCUGUUCCACCGACCCAGGUCGGUGUGGACGCUGGCCAUUACCUCGCAGCGGCCCACGCCGACGAUGAAGGACCUGAAGGAGGUGGCCUACAAGUUCAGAAGCAUCAGCGGCACCGUGGUCAGCAGCAUCUACCACCCGCAGAUGUUUGGCACGCUGGGGGAGCUGCUGCAGGUGCGCAACCCCGCGGGGCUCAACGCGCUGGAGACGGGCUUCCCGCAGCACAAGAGCCUGCCGUACAGGGUGUACGGCGGGGCACCGCUGACGGCGCUGGAGCCGGAGACGAAGCUGGUGGAGGCGGGGAUCAACAAGCAGGAGAACCACCUGUUUGUGGUUAUCCCCGCGCUGCUGCCGGUCACCCGACCGCAUAUGCCGGAACCGGGGCAGGGCACCAAGCCACCAGCAGCCUUCAACACCAAGGCCAGCCUCACAGCCACCGGCGGCCGUGUGCUGCUGUUCGAGUACCUGGAGGAGCACCCGCCGCUGCUGGCGAGACCCGCCAUGGGCGCCCGCCUGCUCACCUACUACCAGCGCCGGGACGAGCAGGACAUGGGACACAACCACCUGCAACCGCCCACCGCGCCGGGGCGGGGCGGGGCAGGAGGGGGGCAGGAGGGUGGCAAGGCGGGAGAGGGGGCGGGCGGAGCGGCGGGCGGGGAGCGGCAGUUGUGGAAGCUGGGCACGGUGGUGCCGCUGGGUCCUGAGAACCGCCCCUUCUACUCGCCCCUCGCCCCGGGCAGCUCCGUGAUGUGUGUGGACACGCAUAUGUUCAAGGCGCCGGCGGCGCCGCACGACCCGCGACCCUCCGACUUCCUGCUAGCGCGCUCCAACAACGGUGUCGUACAUCUCCGGGAGCUCACGGGCGCGCUGACGGUGGGCCAGCAGCACCCGCACGAACGGGUUCCGGAGCCCUGGGACGCCGAGUGGCUCAAGACCUACAACUCCAACCGCGUAUUCGUGCAAGUGGCGCGGCUGCUUCACACGGCACGCAACCGCAACCCCAACCAGAAGCCCUCUGUGAAGCUCCGCGAGGUGGCCGAUCGGCUUCCCUUCAUCCCUCGCGAGGAGAUCCGGCAGCGCAUGGAGAAGGAGUGCGGCUGCCGACCCAAGGACGGCUCGACGGCGGCGGAUGGCGGCGCCGCGGUGCCGGACAACCCCGAGUAUGAGCUGCCGGAGGGUGUGCAGGUCACGGAGGAAGCCAAGCUCCGUGAGAUGGUGCGCCCCGACAUGGUGUGCGCGCACGAGGCCAUGCGGUCCUCCGAGGUGCGGCUGCAGUCGCUGGGGCUGCAGCACCUGCAGCCCCUCACCGCGGUGGCGCGCAUGGAGCCGGAGCGGUGGCAGGCGGCGGUACGGCAGUUGGCGGAGCUGAAUCCCAAGGCGGGUCCGGCGUUGCGGCUGAUUGACUGGGCGGUCAACACCGCCCCAUGGGUCACCACCGGCUCCUACUCCUCCGCCACACGCGGCGACACCAAGAACAGCACCUGGCUGCGCGUGGAGGGUCCGUUCGACCCCACAGGUCGCGGCUACGGGCUGUGCUACCUGGCGGACUGGCAGCGAGUGACGCGACCCGACCUGAAGGACAAGCCGCCGCAGGAGGGCAGCAUCACGGGUACGGAGGCGGACCUGCGCAAGCUGGGUCACGAGGAGGCGGGGCGCAUGCUGAUGCAGUGGGGCGUCAAGAAGGACGUGGUGGAUGCAAUGACAAACAGGUGGCGACGUAUCGACCUGGUCCGCAAGCUGGCUACGCAGGCGGCCAUGGAGGGCACGGAGGGCUUCAACGCGCACUUUGUGCGCGUGCAGCGACUCAACGUCAAUGAGAAGAUAGCGAGCGCUCGACGCACGGCCAGCAGCAUCCUGCAGAAGCAGCUGGAGGCGCUCAGACGCGAUCGGGAUUGGGGCGCCGCGCCGGAAGACUACGGGUUACUGCGGCCGCUAGGUCGCCGCACGCAGCCCGCAUCAGCCGCCGCCGCCGCCUCUGCCGCUGAUGAUGACGAGGACCGGCGCGCCUACCUGGAGCUGCAGCGGGAGGGGUUCCUGGGCUCGGGAGCGGGAGGCGAUAAGGCGGCCGCCAAGAGCAAAAAGGGCCAGCCCCUGGAGGCCAAACCCAAGGAGCGCCGCAUCCGCCGCGUCGUCACAUUGCUGGCGCCAGACGGUACGGAGCUGGGGCGGCGAGAGUACGUGUACCGAGACCGGGCGGAGAUGCAGGUGGUCAACCGAGGCCUCAACCGACCGGAGCAGGGCGGCUUCGGGCAGCAGAUCCUGCAACCGCCCGCCGCCAAUUUCAUGCCGGGACCCACGGUUCGUGUGGGGGCCGGCGGUGGGCGGGGACGGGGACGUGGGAGAGGCCGAGGCGAUGGAGGCGGCGGUGGCGGUGAAGGGAGAGGCGGCUACAAGCGGCGGCGAGUGGCUCGAGCCGCCACGGGUGCCGGUGCGGGCGGUGAGAGCGGCGACGACCAUGAUGAGGAGACGGACUCGGCAGCGGAGGAGGACGAGGAGGCCAGGGUCAUGCGCAAGAUGGCAGCAGGCACCAGUCGCCGCGCCGGGGCUCGUCGCCCGGAGCCCUCCGCCGCGGCAGCCGCAGCCGCAGCCGAGGCAGGCGAGGACGCCGCGCCGUCUCCCUCCCAGGGCGAGCCCAAGCCCCCGCCUGCGCCCAAGCCCCCCCGCGCCAAGCCCGCCAACCCCAAGCCCCGCAAGCCGGCGGCACCCCGGCAACCGCAGCAGGCCAACGUGUGCCCGGAUUGCGGGCAGCCUGGGCAUGGGGCCUACAGCAGGCAAUGCCCCAACUGGCGAGCGGACGCCGGUCUCAGCGACCUGUCCGAGCUGUCCGACAGCGGCAUCAUGGACGACGUGGUCACAGUCGCCACCACCAACGCCGGACCCGACUCCGCCGCCGUCGCCGCAACCGCCGACGGCCCGGCGCACACUGACGGCGCCGACGCUGUCACUACUGGCGGCGGCGGCGGCGCCACUGGGUUCCCGGCGCCGUCGGGCGAGGCUGCCACCGCUGCACCUGCUGCCACAACCGCUACCGCCAUGGGCGUGGGUGGUGGUGGUGGUGCGGCGGCGGCGGCGGCUGUCGGCGGAGGCGGCGUGUCAACGCCUGUGGGUGGCGGCGGACGCAUUCGCCGGCGACCGAGUCGCCGCAACGAUGACGUCGACGUAACGCUCGAAGACGACGAGGAAUUCGUCAUGUCAGAUGAUGAGGAUUACAACGCCCUCGCGGAGGCCAGUGACGACAGUGACGACGACUUCCCCGUUCGGUCGCGCGCUGGCGGCGGCGGUGGCGGCGGCGGCGGCAGCCGCCGCACCCAACGCGCGCCGUCCACUCGCAGCGCUGGCGGCGGCGGUGGCGGUGGCGGCGGCGCAGCCGCCGCCAAGGCGUCACGUGCACGGCAAUCCUCGCGUCAGGCGCGCACAGGCCGCACGAGUCGCUUCAAGGAGGAGUUUGACCUCAUAGACGACGACGAUGAAGAGGAGGAGCCGGAGCUGGAGCGCUCGGAUCACGAGGAUGUCAAAUCGGAUAUCCUAGAGGAGGAAGAGGAGGAGGAGUGGGCGGGCUCAGAUGAUGACGAGGCGGAUGAUGGGGAGGAUGACGGUAGCUACCGAGGACCGCGAGGGACGACCAGUCGUGCCCGGAGCAAAGCGGCGGCGGCCGCAACUACCACGGUGACGGCCACGCCGCCAGCUGCCUCCCGGCGACAGGCUUCAACCCGGCGUGGCGGUGCUGGUGGUUUCGGGGCGGAGGAUGUGGAGAUGAGGGCGGCGGCAACGCCGCCGCAGCCAACCGCCAGCGGCCUGACGGCCGGCGGCGGCAGCUACAGAAGUCGCGGCGGUGGCGGUGCGCCCAGCAGCGGUUUCAAGCGCAAGGCUGUCGACCUCAGCACCAUUAGCGAUGGUGAUGAAGACUCCCAGCCGGAUGACACUGCCGGCAUGGCGCCCAUGGCGGCAUCGCAGCAGCAGCCCCUCCAACACCAGCCACAACUCUACGCACCUCCACAGCAGCAGCAGCACCUGCCGCCGCAGCAACAGCCGGCGGCAGUGGCGGCGUUGGGUAUGGCUGCCGUACCUGCCGCCGCCUCCGCUGCCGCAGCGGCCGGUCGUGCCAUGACGCUGGGUCAGGCGGAGGCGGUGAUGCGCAAGGCUUACAGCGCGGUGCUCAUGGCGGCUUGCAAGGUGGAGUACUCGCUUAACUUUUUCUAUAAGGCGCCCUCCCUGGAGGUGGUCAAGGACUAUUACAACUUCGUGCCGCCAGAGUCCGUGAUGUGUCUAGAGUUCAUAGAGCAACGCAUCGGCGUCAAGAAGGGCACCUCCACCAAGGUGGGCGAGCUGCAGUACGGCAGCCCGCAGGCGCUGCAAGCCGACUUCCAACGCAUCCACGACAACUGCAUGGUGUACAACGUGCCGGGAGCCUCGCCGUACAACUACCCGCCGGCGCGUGACGUGGCCAAACGCAUGCUGGCGGCGGCGAACCAGACGCUGGCGAAGCAGCAGCAGUCGGGGAGUUUGGCGGUGGCGCUGGCGGCGGCCAAUUCCAUGGAGCACUGGUUGGGCUGCU